CGCCGUACCCGAUGCAGCUGCAUGCGGGCGAGCCUGUUGACCCGACGGUGGUGUCGACGUCGCCUGGCCUGGUCAAGAUUGUUACCGCGCGCGAGCUGCCGUCCACAGCGUCGCUGGCGCAGAAGGCGAUGGGCGACGUGGAGCGUGCGGCCAGCUGGGGGCUCGCGCUCCUGCAGAUGGACGAGGCGACGCUCGCAGCGGCGUGGAGCACGCAGGCAGAGGCCGGCGCGGCGGGCGCGGCGUCGGCGAGCGGCGUGGCGGCGACGCAGCUCGCCGCCGAGCCGGCGUCGAAGGAGGACCAGGCGCAGCAGGGGCCGUCAUCGGCGCCGCCGCUGCCAGCGGCGGCUCGAGAUCCGGAGACGGAGCCGCCGACGGGCGGGAAGAGGCGGCGCAUCUACGAGUAGUCUGAUGCUCUUGUUCCGGCAUCGCGAUGGAAGUAGCCGACGAACUAGUAGCUGACCACAGCACCUAGCUGACGACAGUACGUUGGGUUCCGCUCCGCCCGCUGCCCGCCGCCCCGCCGCAAACCAUUCUCCCCCCACACACACUUUGAUAGCUGAUACCGUGGGCCCGCGCACCCCGUGGCCGCUGGGUGCAACAACGUCCUAUUCGAGAGAGGAAUCCCUGGGACCCUGUCAUGUGGGUGAACACUGCCCAGCCCCUGGCCUCCCUCUGUCGCGAUAGAGCCGCGAUGCGCGCCGAUGGCGAUACGCUCCGCCCCGCUCCUGUUACCUACCUGAGCUGUGCCCUGGUUUGUAGUAGUCUACCCCCCAAAACGAUUUCUGACCUC